UCUAUUACAAACCGUUGUAAAACGCUGAUAAGAAAUAUUUUGAGAGCUUUGCUAUUAAUCUAUUUAGUUGGUAGAGAGUCACUUAUUAAACACUGAGCCAUUUGCAAACGGUUGAUCUCGCUUUGUGCAACGCAUUCCAUGGACAUAAAUUGUGAACAUACAAACAUACAUACAAACAAAUCGUCAUUUCUAUGAUAUAUUAAAAUCAUAAGCAAUGCAAUAUUUUCCAUAGGACUUGGCAACUAAACUAUACAGAAAAGAAAGUAUACGAACAAACAUUGAUUUGACAGGAACAAGGAUCAGGGUCACUAUUUACACAAAAAAAUAUACCUAAAGAAAAUGGCAAACAUUACAAAUGUAAUAUCCUGUGUCAUUGUUCUGGUGGUGUUGGUGAUGUGUGACGCAAAGAAUGUCAGAAAGAAUAAACAAAAGACCAAAAAAUACAGCGGAAAGUGCAAGCCAAACAUCGUGGCUGAGUACGAACUGGCAUUUCAGGGGGCGUGGUCGGAGAAGGGAUACCCCAGAAUGUACCCGAAAUACCGCCCACACGCGCAGUGGUCAAAACUUAUAGGAAGAAGCCACUCGGACCGAUACACAAUGUGGAGAGAGGGAGCCCUUGCGUCGGAGGCGGUCCAAGCGUUCGCGGAGGAGGGUAACACGCGGGGAUUUGAUAUCGAGGCGCAGGCUUAUGGCGGCAUCCGGGACACAUUUACCGCAGCACCCAUUUCCGGAGGGCUAGGGAAAACUGCGGCCAACUUUAUAGCAGAUGGAACGCACAAUCUGGUCACAUUCAUGGUUCGACUGGUUCCAAGCCCAGACUGGUUUGUGGGCGUAUCCUCAUAUGAUCUGUGUGAACGCAGGCGAUGGAAGAACCAUAUCAAGAUUGAUCUUUAUCCUAUUGACGCAGGAACGGACAGGGGGCUUUCUUUUACCUCCCCGGAUUGGCACUCCGUGCCAAGAGAAAACAUUUACUCGCUUUCACCAAACAAACCCGCUCAUUCGGCCAGUUCUUUUUAUUACAGCAAUAUUACAUCACUGCCACCUAUUGCGAAAGUCUACCUUACGAAAAUUGCCGAGUAUCGCCGGAAAGGAAAGGUCCCGCCACCUGUAAAACAGGAAAGAAAUUUAGUUAUAUACAGUGAUGAAACUGAAUUUGAGCAACCGAGUGAAGUUAUUCCAAAGUUGGAAAAGAUUAUUGACAAAGCAAUAGAACAAUCAAAAGAACCAAAAGUUAAUGAAAUAGAAGUUCCGAGAGCAGAACCCUUAAUAGCGGCGGGACCCGGCUGCCUGGUUUCCGAAUGGUCAACUUGGGGAGCGUGUUCCGUGACGUGUGGGUUUGGGCGUCAGGAACGUCAACGGAAUAUCCUCCGGCGUGCUGUUCAUCCCGGUCACUAUUGUCCCGUGCUUCGCGAGGAGCGCACGUGCGGAACAAUGAGCACGUGCGAGUGGGAAGCGUUUCAGUUUUUGAACCGGAACGGCUAAACGGUCGGUUUCAAGGGUUUAAAACGUUAACGUCUGUCGAUGGUACUUGGAUACCGCGUAUAUACUUAUGUAAAGUUUAUUCUCCAAUGAUUAUUAUUAAUAAGAUUCAUUCUCUCAGCGAGCGAAAUGAACAAGCGUUGGGGUCUACCCUUAAAAAUAUAUAAAUUCUAUUCUUUAAAUAUCAGUUUUUGACUCUAGAUUAGAAUAUGAUCAUCAUGAUUAAGAACAUUCAUGAUUAUUUAUAUCAUGUGCUUAUAUAUCAGUCUGCGUUCUGUCAGCGGUGGAAAAACUUGCCUUUGACAAACAUACCAAUAGUGAUCAGAGAGCAUCACCGAAUACGCAGACUUUCAGACUGGUUGAUAAUAAUAUAGUUAACUACAGGAGUGCCAUUCACUGUCAAUGAGACGUACAGCUCCGAAGUGUAGCUACACAUAAUUAUUCGUCAGAAGGGAGAUAACUUAUCACAUAUUUUAAAACUACUUGGUGAAGAGUUAGUGAGAGUUCUGUGAUUACAACUAAUCUUAUCUUACCAACUGUAUCAAUUGGCUUUCAAAGUGGAGACAACGGUUAUAACUUAUAUUUUAAAAGCCUUUUAAUUUGUAAAAAAAGACCGUGCAUUUACCCUCAUUGUAUUGUGUUCAUAUGGGGUUUUUUUUGUAUUUUUGAAGAUGAGUAAAUGUUAAUUCGUUAUAUACACUACGGGUAUUGGAUGUUGUGUUUGUGAAAUGUAUUUAGUUUUAUUAUAUUUAUCUUACGAAAAAUGGAUAAUCGUACUUUUUGCUAUUGUUGUUUUCAUAGAGCUUCUUUUUAUAAGUUUAUGUUUUCCUAAUUUUAUUUUGAUG